AUGGAAGUGGAACACAUUCAAACACCAUGGAAAGCCGCCCUCAGGAUGGGUCCCACGGUGGUCGCUGGUUGCGGCGCUGUUGGAACCAUGUUGCGUCGCUGGGAAGGGCAGAAGCAAGUUGACUGCAAGGCACCCCUGAACACCUUGGAGGAUCUUGGUUGGUCUUUGGCAUACGACGAGAGCGUGGUGCCUGCCAGCUGCCUCUUCGGCUUCUUGUCGGACUUCAUGGCCACCAACCGCAAGGUCUUACCCCUUUCAGUGGAAGCCAUGGCCACGGCCAACGUGAUUGGUGAGGCUGCCAUAGAUGUGCCACUUUCGGAUCAUCAGGCCAUCAAGGCCGUGUUCUCCAUGCAGCCUUUAUUGUCCACAGCUCCCUCCGAGGCCUCGCAGGACAUUCCGGUGCUCGGCUUUGGCAGUCAUUUUUUGCCAGAAGAUUUGCAGGAGCGCCUCUCGGAUGAGGAAUACUACCAGCGGGUGGAUGAGCUGACGCGAGAGGCUUUAGAGGCAGCAUUUUCCUGUGGAGUGAGGCUACUGGACAGUGGCAACCGCCACAUGAACCAACAAAGCCUUGGACGAGCACUUGAGACAGCCAUAAGCAAAGGUGUGCUGAAGCGCAGCGAAGUCUUCCUGUGUGGCCGCAUCUACAAGUGCAAGGAUCGUGAGCAAAUCCGUGGGGAAGUCGACAUGCUAUUGAGUGAACUGAAAGUGGACUAUGUCGACGUCUUGGUCGCAGAUUGUCCACCAGAGCAAGUGCCCUCCGCUUGGCCUUUCUUCGAAGAGGUGAUCCGGGACGGCCGUGCCCGGUGCUUGGGGGUCGCCAACUUUGACCUCUUGGGGCCCAAGGUUUGCACGGAGGUCUUCCGCAGCUUCCUCUCGCGGGUGAAGGUCCCCCCGGCGGUGAUGGCCUUGGAGGUGCAUCCUCUGAACAGCAACAUUGAGAUGUGCGACCUUUGCGAGACCUUGGGUAUCCAGGUGCUGGCAUAUGCACCCUUGGGAUCACCUGCAAAGAUGGAAAGCUUCAUGAAGGUACUCACCAAGUCCGAUGCUAGGGAGAUGCGACGUUUGCUGAAGGUGCCCGAGCUGCCACAGUUGGAGCAGAUCGCCCAGCGACAUGGGACGAGCACUGCGCAGGUAGCUCUUCGCUGGAAUCUUCAGCGAGGACACAUCGUCAUCCCCAAGAGCUGGAAUCCCAGCCACAUUGAAGAGAACACUGAUGUCUUUGACUUCAGCCUCUCCAACGAGGAGAUGGCAAAGAUCACAAAGCUCCACAAAGGGGUGCGCAGCGAGCGCUUCUUCCAGGCGUCCUUCACUGCCUCCAAGGCCUUGCCGCGGAUGACACGCGAUGCCUUCGAUGAGUGUCAGGAGAUCUUGAAGAAAAUCCGAGGUCCCACAACAGGCACCUUCGCCCGUCCUUCCCUUGAUGGACCAGUUCCGCUGCCAAUGGAAGUGGCCCAGCGUGGAGGUCACGACGCCUCCGGCAAGGUAGAUUGGGAAAAGCUGGGAUUUCAUCGUCCGGUGGAGGAAGAGCCUGGUUUUUGGCGACGGAUGGGCUUGGCCACGGGCAAAGGAAUUGACGGUGGCAAGGGAAAAGGUCAACGUUUCCCGUGGCUGAAAGACGGCCUGCCGGUCGGUGGCAAGGGUGUACCACACCCCGCGAUGGUCGGAUACCGAUAG